GCAGCGUCGGCAUACCUACCGAGGAUGACAGGAGGACCCUUCCAGGCUCGGCGUAUCACGGAAGCUACCGAGCCGGCUUUGCUAUUAGGAAGAAUUGUAUUAGUUUAUUUCUGCAGUUUAACCUCAAAUGUUUUAACUUAAUAUUGAUGCAAUUGUUUUCAUAGAAACCAUGACAUCUAUUGUCUUAUAGUAAAGAAAAGGACCUUAAAUAUCUUCAUUCUUUAGCAGACUCAGUUAGCUAGCACCUGCGGUUGUGAAACUAGCGGCAACACUCAGGUUUGAGGAUGUGGCUCUGCUGUGUCCUGCUGCUCUCGUUGCUGUCUGCUGUUUCUGGGGCUUCAGACUCAAAGGCAAUCACAACCACGCUUACAACCAAAUGGGCAAAUACUCCACUGCUUCUUGAAGCCAGUGAGUUUCUGGCUGAGGAGAGCCAGGAGAAGUUCUGGGAUUUUGUGGAAGCCAAUCAAAACAUUGAAGGAGAGCAUGAUGAUACAGAUCUGGCCUACUAUGAGCUGAUUGUGAAGAAAGCUGGUGCCUUGCUCAGCUCCGUCCAGUUGAACAUGCUGAAGUUUGCCCUCUCACUGAGAGCGUACUCUUCCACAGUACAUUCCCUCCAGCAGAUUGCUUCUACCGAGCCUCCUCCUUCUGGCUGCUCAGCUUUUAUCAGCGUCCAUGGAGAGAAGACAUGCGAUGUAGAAAAGUUGGAUUCACUGUUAAAAACUGCGUCUGAAAGACCAAAGCCAUACUUAUUCAAAGGAGAUCAUAGAUACCCCGGAUCAAAUCCAGACGCUCCCGUUGUCAUCCUCUACGCUCAGAUGGGAAAAUCCGAUUUCCAGGAGUUUCAUCGAGUCUUAACAUCAAAAGUCAACGAAGGCUCGGCCACAUAUGUGCUCCGUCAUUAUCUGCUUAACUCCAAUGGAAAGAAAGUCCAUCUGUCUGGAUACGGAGUGGAAUUGGCCAUCAAGAGCCAGGAGUACAAAGCAAAGGAUGACACACAAGUCCAAGGGGAGGAGGUGAACGCCACAGUGAUCGGAGACAAGGAUCCAGUAGACGAAGUCCAGGGAUUCCUGUUUGGAAAACUCAAAACUCUUUAUCCAGAGCUGAAGGAGCAGCUGAAAGAACUGAGGAAGCAUUUGGUAGAAAGCACCAAUGAAAUGGCUCCUCUGAAAGUCUGGCAAAUGCAAGAUCUGAGUUUCCAGACUGCUGCUCGCAUUCUUGCAGCUCCUGCAGUCGAUGCUCUCAAUGUGAUGAAAGACCUUAGUCAGAACUUCCCCACCAAAGCCAGGUCUAUCACUAAAACAGUGGUCAGCUCUGAAAUCCGCAAAGAAAUCAUCGAAAACCAGAAGUUCUUCAAAGGAAAUCUGGGGCUGCAGCCAGGGGACUCAGUUCUGUUCAUCAAUGGACUUCAUAUAGAUCUGGAAGCACAAGAUAUCUUUAGCGUGUUUGACGUGCUGCGCAGUGAAGCGCGUGUCAUGGAGGGUCUGCGCUCGCUGCUCAUCGAGACGCCCUACAUCCACGAUAUCUUAAAGCUCAACGUCCAGCCCGCUGACUCCGACUACGCCGUCGACAUCCGCAACCCCGCCAUCUCUUGGAUCAACAACUUGGAGACAGACCACAGGUACAGUUCUUGGCCCUACAAUGUCCAGGAGCUGCUCAGACCCACUUUUCCUGGAGUCAUCAGGCAGAUACGCAGAAACUUUCAUAAUCUGGUGAUCAUUUUGGACCCAACUCAUGAGAACACUGCAGAACUGCUAAGUGUGGCUGAGAUGUUUUACUCCAACAGCAUCCCUCUCAGGAUUGGGCUGGUGUUCGUUGUGUCCGAUGAAGACGACGUCGACGGCAUGCAGGACGCAGGAGUGGCACUCGUCAGAGCCUACAACUACAUCAGCGAAGAGGUGGACAGCCAGGCUGCCUUUGAUGGCGUCAUCUCGAUGUUUAACCGAGUGCCAGCUGGUGGAAAGUUGAGCGUUGGUGAUGUAGUUAAGGUGCUGGAGAAGAGGUUUCCCUAUGUGGAGGUCAGCAGCAUCCUGGGUGCAGAUUCCAGCUACGACAAUAACAGAAAGGAAGGGCGAGCGUACUACCAGCAGACGGGCGUGGGCCCGCUGCCUGUAGUCAUGUACAAUGGCAUACCGUACAAAAAGGAACAGCUGGACCCGGAUGAGCUGGAGACCGUCACCAUGCAGAAAAUCCUGGAGACCACCUCCGUAUACCAGAGAGCCGUCUACCUGGGGGAGCUGGCUACAGACCACGACGUUGUGGACUUCAUCAUGAAUCAACCCAACGUGGUUCCUCGCAUCAACCCCAGGGUGCUGUCCACCAGCAGAACAUACCUGGACCUGUCUGAUACCAAUAACUUCUUUAUAGAUGACUACGCUCGUUUCUCGACGCUGAGCUCAAAGAAGAAGAGUGCCGCUGUCGCCAACAGCAUGAACUACAUGACUAAGAAAGAUGAUGGAUACAUCCGUCCUGUCACCUUCUGGGUGGUCGGAGACUUCGACAAGCCUUCAGGACGCCAACUCCUCUACGAUGCAAUCAGGCACAUGAAAACCAGCAAUAAUGUCCGUCUGGGGAUGAUCAACAACCCGUCAGCCAAUCCCUCUGCAGAGACGAGUCGUGUGACGCGGUCCAUCUGGGCCGCCAUGCAGACGCAGUCGGCAAAUAACGCCAAGAACUUCAUCACCAAGAUGGCAAAGGAGGAGACCGCCGCUGCGCUCCAGAGGGGCGUCGACAUCGCAGACUUCAGUGUUGGGGGGAUGGAUUUACCGCUCUUCAAAAGUGCAUACGACAGUCCCAAGUUUGACUUCCUGCUCUCCCACGCCGCCUACUGCAGAGACGUUCUCAAACUGAGGAGAGGCCAGAGGGCGGUCAUCAGCAACGGAAGAGUGAUUGGUCCGCUGGAAGAGGAGGAAGUGUUCAACCAGGAUGACUUCCUGCUUCUGGAGAACAUAAUCCUGAAAACGUCUGGAGAGCGCAUCAAAAGCAAAGUCACGCACUUUGGGAUUGAGGAGGACAGGGCCAGCGAUCUCGUGAUGAAGGUGGACGCUCUGCUCUCCUCUCAGCCUAAGGGAGAAGCUCGGGUAGAAUACGGCUUUGCCGAUGACCGCCACAGUGCUGUGAAGAUCCGCCCCAAAGAGGGAGACAUUUACUUUGAUGUUGUUGCAGUGGUGGAUCCAGUAACAAGGGAUGCUCAGAAACUGGCUCCACUUCUGCUGGUUCUGAAACAGCUGGUUAACGUCAACUUACGAGUCUUCAUGAACUGUCAAUCAAAGCUGUCAGAUAUGCCCCUAAAAAGCUUCUACCGUUACGUGUUGGAGCCAGAGGUGGCGUUCAAGGCGGACAGCAGUUUCUCCUCCGGCCCUAUGGCCACGUUCCUGGACAUGCCUCAGUCUCCGCUCUUCACCUUAAACCUUCACACCCCCGAGAACUGGAUGGUGGAGUCCGUUCGCACCCGCUACGACCUGGACAACAUCUACAUGCAAGAGGUGGAGAACAUCGUGGCAGCAGAGUACGAGUUGGAGCAUCUUCUGUUGGAAGGCCAUUGUUUUGACGUGAGCUCAGGCCAGCCUCCUCGUGGCCUCCAGUUCACUCUGGGAACCGCCUCCGAGCCCGUCAUCGUGGACACAAUCGUCAUGGCAAAUCUGGGUUACUUUCAGCUGAAAGCCAAUCCUGGCGCCUGGAUGCUGAAACUAAGAAAAGGGCGCUCUGAUGAAAUCUACAAGAUUUACAGUCACGAUGGCACAGACUCCCCCACUGACUCUGAUGACAUCAUAGUGGUGCUGAACAAUUUCAAGAGUAGAAUCAUUAAAGUCAAGGUCCAAAAGAAACCGGAUAAGUUCAAUGAGGAGCUUCUGAGUGAUGGAACAGAGGAAGAUGACACGGGGUUCUGGAAGUCUUUAGCCAGAGGUUUUACAGGUGGAGGAAAGCCAGAGGAGCCAAAGCAGGAGAAGGACGACGUGAUCAACAUUUUCUCUGUAGCUUCGGGGCAUCUGUAUGAGAGAUUCCUCAGGAUUAUGAUGCUGUCUGUUCUGAAAAACACCAAAACUCCUGUCAAGUUCUGGUUCCUGAAGAACUAUCUGUCCCCAACCUUUAAGGAGUUCAUCCCACACAUGGCAAAGCAAUAUGGUUUCCAGUACGAGCUGGUCCAGUACAACUGGCCCCGCUGGCUGCACCAGCAGACGGAGAAGCAGAGAAUUAUUUGGGGUUAUAAGAUCCUCUUCCUGGACGUGCUGUUCCCGCUGGCUGUCGAUAAGAUCCUCUUCGUAGAUGCUGACCAGAUUGUGCGCACCGACCUGAAGGAGCUGCGUGACUUUGACCUGGAGGGCGCUCCGUACGGCUACACUCCGUUCUGCGAGAGCCGCCGGGAGAUGGACGGCUAUCGCUUCUGGAAGUCCGGCUACUGGGCGAGCCACCUCGCCGGGCGCAAAUACCACAUCAGUGCCCUGUAUGUGGUGGACCUGAAGAAGUUCAGGAAGAUCGCCGCUGGAGACCGACUCAGAGGACAGUACCAAGGCCUCAGCCAGGACCCCAACAGCCUGUCCAACCUGGACCAGGAUCUUCCCAACAACAUGAUCCACCAAGUUCCCAUCAAGUCUCUGCCUCAGGAGUGGCUGUGGUGUGAGACCUGGUGUGACGACAGCUCCAAGAAGAAAGCAAAGACGAUAGAUCUGUGCAACAACCCGAUGACCAAGGAGCCCAAACUCCAGGCUGCAGUGAGGAUCGUGGCGGAAUGGACCGACUACGACCAAGAGAUCAAACGUCUGCAGACGAGGAUGCAGGAGGGAGCAAACCACACAGGGAAGCAGCAGAGUACAGACGUCCACUCAGAGCUGUGAGGGUCGCUGCGACGGGCCAAUGAGGCGACUCUGUUUAAAGAGUCAACAGGAGGAUCCUCGUGUGCCUCUGGACUGCUGACACAAUCGCCACAAACCAGAACUGAUAAACACUUUUUUUUUUUUUUUUUGUGGGAGUAAAGCUUUUAUUUUGAAGUAUUUUUUUUUGUUUGUUUGUUUGGUUCCGUAACUGAUUGUCGGACUUUUUCUUUAGUUUUUUUUUUUCUGUGGUUGAAGCACAAGAGGAGAAUUUUACAAAAAUGUCCUGAUAUGUUUCCAACUUCUGAUUUUAGGAGGCCAAAAAAAACAUCUGCUUGAACACUGGAAGAAGCGUAAAAAUGUUUGCUUAUUGGUACAAAAUCUGCAGAAUGAUUGAUUGUUUUGGUGCAAAGAUUUUCAGAGAAUGCAUGUGAACGCACUGGUAUGAGUUGUAACUGUUGUCAUCCUGUGGCUGGAAAUCCAAAUUUGGACUUCUUCACAUCUUUUUUACUUUUAUUUCACAAAACACAAAAGGGAGCCAUUAAUGUCUGACUUUGCAAACACAAGUUUUCAUUGUAAUAUUCCUGGGAUUGUAAUCAUCGUCCUGUUUAGGCUGUCUUGGAUAUUUUUGUUUUAAAAAAAGAAUACUCAAAGUCUUUAGCUCUGGGAGUUUUUACUUUACAAGUUUCAUUUUUUCCUCUGCAUUUCCAAACAUACUUAAAUUCAACUUCUUUCCAUCACUGCCUCUAAAACUGUUCCAUGCAAUUUGCUGCCUGUCCGCCAGGGGGCAGCAUAAACAAAUUAAAUUCACACAUUUUUUAGAGCUUUUUGUACCAAUUUUUGUUGAACAAUAUUUAUUGUAAAAUUCCCAUUAAAGGGCUUAUAUUAUAAAAAACUAACUUUUUAGUGUAUUAUAACUAGUGCUGUCAAUUGAAUUAACAAAUUAAUCAGAUUAAUCACACUUUUUACAAGGUAAAUUUUAUGACAAUUGGUGGCUUUUGAACAAAAACAGUCCAGAUUUAAUUGUUUUUCUUCAUUUUGUUGUCAAAAAUUUAGAAAUUUAUCAAGUGUUAACCAGAAGUGUAAGAUAAGCAGAACUCUAAAGACUUUUAUGUCUACAGUAUUACUCAAAGAAAACUCUAAGUUGCUGAUAUAGUCAAAAACCAAACAUUGUUUCUGCUCCUGUAAUGAACUUAUACCAUGGUCUGUGUGAAUACUAGAUUCUGAUUGGCUGCUGGAUAUGUGUCUGUGAUAAAAAUGAAAGAAGUUCCAGUCACAUAGCCCAAAAUCUUAUGUAUCACUGCGCAGGCUUCUUUAAAACAAACAUUUCCAUAUUUUGGACAAAAACGAGCAGAACUUUCUCAGUGAACUUGUGCUUUAUUUAACCCAGGGGUGUCAAACAUGUUAAAUCCGGCCCAGUCAUGAAGAGAAAAGAAAUACAUAAGCAUGUUGGAAAAAAAAGAAGUGAAAAGCAAUCUAAAGCAAAAAAAAAAUAGCAAGAAUGAAGUACUAAAAACUGAAUAUUUCUUUCUUUCUUUUGAAAGUGGCCAUGUUAUAAGUGGGAUAAUACCUGAUGAAGUGUUUUAACGCAUGCUGUGGAAGCCUGAACUGAGGUUGCUUCGUGAAGCAUUUAUAAUUUGCUUUAAUAGAUAUUAACACAUUCAUUUUUUUAAUCGUGUGCAGUAAUGUUGUCACCCAAAAACAAGCCCAAAGUGGAAUUUUUGUUUCAUUAGUGCAUCUCUGAGUUUUCCUCUAAAACCCUGCUCUCCCAAUUCACAAAAAGAUUGUAACAUCAUAAAGUGAUGAACAGCCCCUUCAAGGAAGAGUCAGCGCUGCCAGCUCCGCCCCCUGGCUAACAGACACACCCACUUUCUCCAUGCAGCUAUGUUUUCAUUUUAUUUGCACGUCCAUAUUUACAAGAGUGGGCGAAGAAGACACGCUGACAAGGCCGGAUCAAUGACGGCGUCGUGAAAUGGGCGUCACCCAUAAGGAGUGAAAGGCGGAGCCUAAGUGAUAAUUCUGAAUAAGAGAAUGAGCUGCAAAAAAAAAAAAAAA